AUGGUGGUGUUGGUGGCCGUGUCGUCGAACUGGGACACGUUCAACACCUAUUUUCUCUGGCGUUUUAAGCCAGAAUAUCGCGACAUCUUGCCGGUAUUUGAUAAGGAAGAAGAAUUAGAUGCAGAAGUGCCGCCAUUAAUGGAGCUCAAUGGCAUUUACGAAGAAAAGAUGAAUGAGAUUCUCCAAGAUUGGGAGGAAUUUUUGUUAUCCACAGAGCAUAUCGAAGUACCUGUAGUGCAAACGAACUUAACAAAGACGACAAUGGUGCCUCUGACGAAUGCUUUUAAUGACAACAUUGUUGAUCUAAUAGAGGCAACCAUGACGACCCCUAUCACCAUUGUAGAAUCAUUCGAGGAUAACAAAAUUGUUGCUGAUAAAGGUGAACGUUUUGUAUCCAUAAAAUCCAUUGCAAACGAUUCCUCAUUCGAAAACAACUCAAUCAUGUUAAUCAAUUUAUUACAUGAUGAAAAAUAA